AUGUUCAUACUGUCGGAUUUUUAUCGUGUUGCGAUUGGUGUUGGUGAUCGAGUCUUAACACCGGGCAUGAAAAAGAUUGUUAAAUGGGAUCAUCCUGCAGGAAUGAAAUAUAUACAUUUUUGGGCUCCACUAAUGAAAUGGUCAUUAGUUGUAGCUGGUUUUGGUGAUAUGCUUCGUCCGGCUAAUAAACUUUCACUGAAUCAAUCGAUCUCUUUAUUUGCUACUGGUGCUAUUUGGAGUCGAUAUUCAAUGGUCAUCAUACCAAAAAAUUAUAUGCUUUUUGCUGUGAAUAUUUUUUUAGCAUUUGUUGGUGGACAACAAAUUGCUCGUAUUGCUUAUUAUCGGCAUACACAUCCGGAUGCACCACAUAAAAAUUAA